AUGGAUAGACAAUAUCAGUUGUUCAGUCAAUUACUUGCAUCUUUUGUUAUAAGAAAUAAGAUUUUUCAAUCUGUAAGCGAUAUUAAUGAUCGAAUCAUAUCAAACUCAAAGAAACACAAUGUUUUAAGAGGUAAUUGGUAUGAUAUCAGUUGUUUUCCACACCUUUUAAUAAAAUUCAACUAUAUUGAAAGAUACAAACAAAUAUUCAAUACAAUCAUUAGAGAUAGUAACAAUAAUGAUAGUAAUAAUGAAACAAUCAGUAAAUAUAAAAUAUUAUAUAUUGAAUCAUUAAAGACUGCAGCAAAGUUGGAGAAUCUAGAUGUAAUUGAAUUUCUCCAUCAAUCACUCUCGAAUGAGAUCGAUUACAACUCUAUCCUUGAAGCCAAAGUGGUGGGAAGUAAGAUCAAAGUGAUAGAGUUCCUUCAUAAGAAUGUUGACCAUUGGUUCGUUAGUAAAGGCAAAGCUUUAAUGGACAAUGCUAGAGAUCUGACUCUCGAGGUAGUCCGAUUCCUUCAUGAAAAUCGCAGUGAAGGAUGUAGCAGCGAAGCUAUCGAUGAAGCAGCGCGAUGGAACAAACUAGAUAUUCUCAAAUUCCUCCAUUACAAUAGAACAGAAGGAUGCACACACAAUGCCAAAUACUUUGCUGCUCUCAACGCAAACAUGGAUAUACUCAUGUUCCUCUAUGAGAAUAGAACGGAAGAUUGUCCACCGAAUACAGCCAGUAUGACCACCUGCACUGGAAAAGCAUCGGUGACUCUCCUCAAAUAUCUUUUGGAUAACGAUCCAAACCAGAAACUCUCUGAGAACGACAUAGACGGUGCUGCUAGAAGUGGAAAUGUUGAUGUUGUCAGGUACCUCCAUGAGAAUACUACUGUCCGUUGCACUACCGAUGCAAUGAAUAAUGGUGCGAUCGAUGGCCACUAUGAGAUCGUUAAAUUCUUGAAUGAAAAUCGUAGUGAAGGAUGCACGUCUGAAGCUAUGGAUUUCGCAGCAUACGGUUAUCUUGACGUUGUGAAAUAUUUGCAUGAAAACAGAACGGAAGGAUGUUCAGAACAAGCAAUGCUAUCAGCUUCAACACGUGGGCACUUGGAAAUCCUCAAAUUCCUCCAAGAGAAUAGAACUGAAGGAUGUUCCCAAUCGAUAUUAGAUGACACCAUGCGAUAUGGUCAGUUUGAAACGUUCCGAUAUCUCUUGGAGAAACGUCCCUAUCUGACCUAUUCACCGUCGGCAAUGGAUAAUGCUGCGAGAUGUAAAGAUACGACAGCACUCCAAUGGUUCAAAGAUAAUACAACCCUCCGAGUUACAAUCGAUGCCUAUAGACAUGCAAUCGAUCAAGCGAAUCUUCCAAUCGUUAAAUGGAUUCACGAGAAUACAUCACAAGCAAUUCCAGCAUCAGCUUUGGAAGAAGCUAUAAACUGUAAAAAAAGAGAUCUCGCAAUCAUCAAAUAUCUUCUUGACAACGGUGCAGUUGCAACCUCCGAUACUAUGGAUAAUGCAUGCAGAUUCGAUAUCAUUUCAUUCUUACAUUAUAAUAGAACUGAAGGAUGUACAUCUAGAGCAAUGAAUUAUGCAAUUAAUAGAGAUGAUAUUCAAGUUAUUAAAUUCCUAGAACAAAACAGAACUGAACACCUGAAUCUCGACUUUUCAGUUUGGAAAGAAAGAAAGGCCUAUGGAUAUACAUCAAGAUUAAAACUUCUCAAACAAUUUAAUAUUUAA